CGGGACUAUAGAGAAGUGCUGCCCGUCUAUGUUGAUACAGAUCUAGUGUCUGCUUACGUUGCGCUUCGCAUGGACUAAUUUUUGUUUUAUACGGAGGAAAAGUUUUUUCGUUUCGGCGUGGGGGGAAUUGUUAAAAAGCCGCCUUCAAGUCCACCAGCUCGGAAAAUUUGGCGACCUGGCUCCAACAUUUGGGUCCCCCUCUGCUACUGCACAGAGUGAAGGUUGAUAUGCCACAUCAGUGAUGGAGCCCAUGACGGUGACGACGUCUGUGGUCGGACCGGACGAAUUUGACCGCAAUGCCCCACGGAUCUGCGGAGUGUGCGGCGACAAGGCCACCGGCUUCCACUUCAACGCCAUGACGUGCGAGGGCUGCAAGGGAUUCUUCAGGCGCAGUAUGAAGCGUAAAGCCUCCUUCACCUGCCCGUUCAACGGUAGCUGUACCAUCACCAAGGACAACCGGCGUCACUGCCAGGCCUGUCGCCUCAAACGCUGCAUCGACAUCGGCAUGAUGAAAGAGUUCAUCCUGACAGAUGAGGAGGUCCAAAGAAAGAAGGACAUGAUAAUGAAGAGGAAAGAGGAAGAGGCAGCCCGGGAGGCGAUGAGGCCACGUCUGAAUGAAGAGCAGGCCCGGAUCAUCUCCAGUCUGGUGGAAGCUCACCACAAGACCUACGAUGCCUCCUAUUCCGACUUCUCCCGCUUCAGGCCUCCAGUGCGUGAAGGCCCAGUAACACGCAGUGCCAGCAGAGCCGCCUCCCUCCACUCUUUGUCUGAUGCCUCCUCUGACUCAUUCAACCAUUCACCUGAGUCUGUGGACACCAAGAUGAACUUCAGCAACCUGUUAAUGAUGUACCAGGACGGCGCGAGCAGUCCGGACUCCAGUGAAGAGGACACAAAGCUCUCCAUGCUGCCUCACCUGGCUGACCUGGUCUCUUACAGCAUCCAGAAGGUCAUUGGCUUCGCCAAGAUGAUCCCGGGCUUCAGGGAUCUGACAGCAGAGGACCAGAUUGCUCUGCUGAAGUCGAGUGCCAUUGAGAUCAUCAUGCUCCGUUCAAACCAGUCCUUCAGUCUGGAAGACAUGUCCUGGAGCUGUGGGGGACCUGACUUCAAAUACUGCAUCAAUGACGUUACAAAGGCGGGUCACACUCUGGAGCUGCUGGAGCCGCUGGUGAAAUUCCAGGUUGGUCUGAAGAAACUCAACCUGCACGAGGAGGAACACGUGCUGCUCAUGGCCAUCUGCCUGCUCUCCCCAGAUCGUCCCGGUGUCCAAGACCACGGCCGCAUCGAGCAGCUCCAGGAUCACCUGUCGGACGCACUGCAGGCCUACAUCCGAGUCAACCACCCUGGCGGGCGCCUCCUCUACGCCAAGAUGAUCCAGAAGCUGGCCGACCUGCGCAGCCUGAACGAGGAGCACUCCAAGCAGUACCGCUCGCUCUCCUUCCAGCCCGAGCACAGCCUGCAGCUCACCCCGCUGGUGCUGGAAGUGUUCGGCAGCGAGGUGUCAUAGCGGUGGUGUCAACUUUGACCUUUGACUCAAUAUGUUUGACAACGACCUUUUAUUUUUCCGUGACUAAGACGAGACUAUGACGAGACAGCGCCGACAAACUCUAAACGACACUAAUUCAUCAGCACGCAGUGUCGCUGAAGAAAAGUGACUAAAAUGCAGUUUAAAAAUUUACUAAAAUCUUUAUUUUCAUUGACAAAAAAAGAUGAAAGAUUCAAGACAGUUUGAACAGUCCAUAUUAACCCAUAUUAAGACUACUCCAGCAGCACACAAUGAGCACAGUUAGGAAGAGCAGAGUAACUUAACUUAACAAUGACAACAACAGUGCUUGAGAGAAAGAAACACUGAUAUUUGGGCCUUUUUUUGUUACAGUGAGGCUAAGAAACAAACAAAAGGAAGGGAGGGGAAGCAAUGUGGCCAUAAAACAGCUGAUAAGAAAACCACAAAUAUGACGAGACACAUUAAGGCUCAGAACAUGUUCCUCAUUUGGAUGAUACCAUCAGACCACAAGACCAGAGACUCAGCAAAGCUGCGUUUUUAAUCGUCAGAUAAUACAAUAACAUCUCAUGUGGAUUAAGUUUUACUCACAUAAAUAAAAUGUUUGUUUUGGCAGAUUCCAGAUUCCAUUGAUAAAAGGGGAAUAAAACAGUUUUCUUUGACUAAAGACUAAAAUGUAGACUUUUAGUCACUAGAAUGUGAUUAAAAAAAGGAUGAGGUUGACUAAAUAAGGACUAACGAGGACAUUUGACGCAAGACUAAGACUACAUUACAAAUACCGGACAAGAUGAACACUACAUAGCAGAGGAGGAGGCACGCUCGCAUACGUCACACAUCACAGGAUGAUUAUUCAACCUUUACCGCCUUCUCCCCCACGAGAACCCCAGCCCUGUUAUACCUGGACAUGAAGGGAAAAGAUGGCUAAUCAUACGAGUAAACAGCAACCUCUUCAUCAUCUGCCCAUCGUCCUCCUCCUCCUGACCUCAUGCUGCAACUCUCAAACGCCUGGACCUCUGGAUUUAUGGACACCUAAAUAUGCUGUGCAUUUUCACAGCACUCGAAUAACCAGAUUAUAUUUUAACCUCUGGAUUUCGCAAACACAGCGUGAUGUCCUGACUCACAGACUUCUGGAACAGACAGACAUCCUCUCCAAAUCCACAAACUCCAAAUGCCUUUUUUCCUCAUCAUCACCUUUCGCCCGGACAUCAGCUCUCGAUUCCUGCCAUUUUCUUCACGGCGAAGACAGCUUGAUGGCCAUCAUCCUACAUUGUUUCAUGUUCACAUCAUGGCGAUGGCAGACAGGAGUAGAUACACAGAUCUUUUAACCGUGCUGGCACUUGUGAGGUACAUUUAACCUGCUUGCAAUGUUGCGUCACUUGUGUUAGCUUAAAAACUAUCGUUGUUUACAGUUUAUUGACAGCAAAGACAUCCAAAUAUAUUAAACAUCAACAUGGCCAGCAAGCUCACAGCAAUGUAAAGGUUACUAUUUUAAAAUCCUUGGUUAGGAUGGGCUGCUCAGCCCUGUGUAUCUGUGUAUGUGCAAAGAGAGGUGUUAGAUGGUCAGACAGGAAGUUCAAGUGGGAAUGUGUCUGUUUGGGAACAGCGAGAAGAAAGGGGAGAUUCGGAGAAAUUAGUAAAGGAGGUUGGGUUGAUGGAGGGAUUUGCUUCGGUUAGAAUUCCCUGUUCACAAGACAAAAGGGAACUUCACAAAA